AUGCUGUUGGACCGGUCCCGGCCGCCGCAGCACUGCGCCCCGCACGCCCUCUGGCUCUGCCCGGCAGGUGCAGCCGGCCUCUGGGCGCACAUGUCCGGGCAGGGCUGCGGGGCUGCCGCGGGGAGGGAGCUGCUGAGCCGACUGCUGCCCGCUCGGGCUCCUGGGGCCAGGAGGUGGAGCUGGGCGCUGUGCCUGGAGCCCGGCUCCCGGAUCCCCUUGCCCCCCGCGGCCGCUUGGGGAGGCUGCCGGCCGCGGUGCAGGGUGCGGGGCGCUGGGGGGAGCUUCUCCCCGCAGGCCUCGGGGGAGCUGGUCCUCCCCGUCCGGGCCGUGUGUCUCCGAUCGGGGCACCCGGUGCGCUUGGGGCUGCUGUGUGAGCGGUGCGCGAAGGGGGAAGGGGCGGGCGGGGGCAGGCAGGGGAGGGGCGCUAGCGUCUUGGUCAACUGGAGUCUGGGCCUGAGUUCCCCCAGGCAGCAGGUGGAGCUGGAGAAGCUGCUCCGGGGGGCGGAGGGGGCCCCGGGCAGAGGGGGCAGCCGGACGAAGCGCCAUGUCAACACCAGUCCCCAGUUCCAGCCGCCCACCUACCAGGUGUCUGUGCCAGAGAACAGGCCAGCCGGCACCCCAGUGAUCUUGCUGCAGGCCACGGACCCCGACGAGGGCGACGCGGGCCGUCUGCACUACUCCAUGGCUGCGCUCUUCGACAGCCGCUCCAACAGUUUCUUCACCAUGGACCCCAAGAGCGGGGCCGUGAGCACGGCCGAGGAGCUGGACCGCGAGACCAAGAGCACCCACGUCUUCCGGGUGACAGCCGUGGAUCACGGCACCCCCCGGCGCACAGCCCUGGCCACACUCACCAUCCUGGUGAGCGACACCAAUGACCACGACCCUGCCUUCGAGCAGCAGGAGUACAAGGAGAGUGUGCGGGAGAACCUGGAGAUCGGGUAUGAAGUGCUGACGGUCAGGGCCACCGAUGGGGACGCCAGCGCCAACGCCAACAUCCUCUACCGGCUCCUUAAUGGCGAUGGGGCUCAUGCAGCCUUUGAGAUUGACCCCCGCUCCGGGGUCAUCCGCACCAAGGGGCUGGUGGACAGGGAGGCUGUGGAGUCCUACCAGCUCCUGGUGGAGGCCAGUGACCAGGGCAGGACCCCAGGGCCCCGCAGCACCACAGCCACCAUCCACAUUUCUGUGGAGGACGACAAUGACAAUGCGCCACAGUUCAGCGAAAAGCGCUAUGUGGCCCAGGUGCCUGAGGACGUGGCUGCCAACUCCCAUGUGCUGCGAGUGACGGCCACGGACCGGGACAAAGGUAGCAAUGCCCUGGUGCACUACAGCAUCAUGAGUGGGAACAGCCGGGGCCAGUUCUACAUUGAUGCUCAGACGGGCAGCAUUGACGUGGUCAGCCAGCUGGACUACGAGCUGAGCAAGGAGUACACGCUCCGCAUCCGGGCCCAGGAUGGGGGGCGGCCCCCUCUGUCCAACAUCAGCGGGCUGGUGACCAUCCAGGUCUUGGACGUCAACGACAACGCUCCAAUCUUUGUCAGCACCCCCUUCCAGUCCACGGUGCUGGAGAAUGUGCCCCUCGGCUACUCAGUCCUGCAUAUCCAAGCCAUCGAUGCGGACUCCGGGGACAAUGCCCGGCUGCAGUAUGCCCUGCUGGAGGCCGGCCCCAGGUUUCCCUUUGCCAUCAGCAACAGCACGGGUUGGAUCGUGGUGGCCUCAGAGCUGGACCGGGAGACGGUGGAUUUCUACAGCUUUGGGGUGGAGGCCCGGGACCACGGCAGCCCCCCCAUGGCUUCCUCGGCCAGUGUCAGCAUCACCGUGCUGGACGUGAACGACAACAACCCUGAGUUCACCGCGAAGGAGUACUCUGUGCGACUGAACGAGGACGCUGCUGUGGGCACCAGUGUCCUGACCGUCUCGGCCAUCGACCGGGACGCCAACAGCGUCAUCACCUACCAGAUAGCCAACGGCAACACUCGCAAUCGCUUCUCCAUCACCAGCCAGAGUGGGGGCGGCCUCAUCACCCUGGCACUACCGCUGGAUUACAAGUUGGAGCGGCAGUACCUGCUGACUAUCACUGCUUCUGACGGCACCCGGCUCGACACGGCCCAGGUCUUCGUCAAUGUGACUGACGCCAACACCCACCGGCCAGUCUUCCAGAGCUCCCACUACACUGUCAACAUCAAUGAGGACCGGCCGGUUGGCACCACGGUGGUGCUCAUCAGUGCCACGGACGAGGACACGGGUGAGAACGCCCGUAUUACCUACUUUAUGGAGGACAGUAUCCCCCAGUUCCGGAUUGAUGUGGACACAGGUGGAGUCACUACCCAGAUGGAGUUGGACUACGAGGACCAAGUGUCUUACACACUGGCCAUCACGGCCCGGGACAAUGGCAUUCCACAGAAAUCAGACACCACCUACUUGGAAAUCCUGGUCAAUGAUGUCAAUGACAAUGCGCCCCAAUUUCUGCGGGACUCCUACCAGGGCUCUGUCUAUGAGGAUGUCCCAGCCUUCACCAGCGUCCUGCAGGUCUCCGCCACUGACCGGGACUCGGGGCUUAAUGGGAGGGUGUUCUAUACCUUCCAGGGCGGGGAUGAUGGGGACGGGGACUUCAUAAUUGAAUCUACCUCCGGCAUUGUGCGGACGUUGCGCCGGUUGGACCGGGAGAACGUCCCUCUCUAUGAGCUACGAGCCUAUGCCAUGGACAAGGGCAUCCCAGCCAUGAGGACCCCCGUCGAUGUCCAGGUGGCCAUCCUGGAUGUGAACGACAACCCCCCGGUCUUUGAGCGGGACGAGUUUGAUGUCUUUGUGGCAGAGAACAGCCCCAUUGGCCUGGCAGUGGCACGGAUCACAGCCAGCGACCCGGAUGAGGGCACCAAUGCCCAGGUCAUGUACCAGAUCGUAGAGGGCAACAUCCCCGAGGUCUUCCAGCUCGACAUCUUCUCCGGGGAGCUGACAGCACUGACGGAUCUGGAUUAUGAGGCCAAGGCAGAGUACGUCAUCGUGGUGCAGGCCACGUCAGCCCCGCUGGUGAGCCGGGCCACGGUGCACAUCCGCCUGCUGGACCAGAAUGACAACCCCCCUGUGCUGAGAAACUUUGAGAUCCUCUUCAACAACUACGUCACCAACAAGUCCAGCAGCUUCCCCAGUGGGGUGAUUGGCCGCAUCCCAGCUCACGACCCCGAUGUCUCUGACACACUCACCUACAGCUUUGAGCAGGGCAAUGAGCUGCACCUGGUGCUGCUGAACCACAGCUCCGGGGAGCUGCGCCUGAGCCAGGCCCUGGAUAACAACAGGCCUCUGGAGGCUGUCAUGAGGGUGUCUGUCUCAGACGGCGUGCACAGCGUGGCAGCUCAGUGCACUCUGCAGGUGACCAUCGUCACGGACGAGAUGCUGACCAACAGCAUCACGCUGCGCCUGGAGAACAUGUCCCCGGAGCGGUUCCUGUCACCGCUGCUGGCGCUCUUCCUGGAGGGGGUGGCGGCCGUGCUCUCAGCCCCUCGCCACCACGUGGUGCUCUUCAACAUCCAGAACGACUCGGACGUGCCAGCCGCCCACAUCCUCAAUGUCAGCCUGUCGGUGCUGCUGCCGGGCGGGGCCCGCGAGGGCCGCUAUGUCCCCUCCCAGGACCUGCAGGAGCGGCUCUACCUCAACCGCACGCUGCUGGCUGCCAUCUCUGAGCAGCGGGUGCUGCCCUUCGACGACAACAUCUGCCUGCGGGAGCCCUGCGAGAACUACAUGCGCUGUGUCUCCGUGCUGCGCUUUGACAGCUCCGCGCCCUUCCUGGCCUCCACCACCAUCCUCUUCCGGCCCAUCCACCCUGUCAGCGGCCUGCGCUGCCGCUGCCCCGCCGGCUUCACUGGCCACUACUGUGAGAGCGAGAUCGACCUGUGCUACUCCAGCCCCUGCGGCCGCAACGGGCGCUGCCACCGCCGGGAAGGUGGCUACACCUGCCACUGCCAGGCCGGUUUCACCGGAGAGCACUGUGAGGUGAACGCCCGCCUGGGCCGCUGCACGCUGGGCGUCUGCAAGAACGGGGGCACCUGCACCAACCUGCUGGUUGGGGGCUUCAAGUGUGACUGCCCCUCGGGGGACUACGAGAAGCCCUACUGCGAGAUGAGCAGCCGCAGCUUCCCCGCCCGCUCCUUCGUCACCUUCCGGGGGCUGCGCCAGCGCUUCCAUUUCACCGUCACCCUCACGUUCGCCACGAAGGAGCGAAACGGGCUGCUCCUGUACAAUGGGCGCUUCAACGAGAAGCAUGACUUCGUGGCCCUGGAGAUCAUCCGUGAGCAGAUCCAGCUCACCUUCUCGGCAGGCGAGUCGACCACCACAGUGUCUCCGUCUGUGCCGGGUGGCGUGAGCGAUGGGCAAUGGCACACGGUCCGACUGCAGUACUACAACCAGCCCAUCAUUGGGAAGUUGGGGGUGCCCCAGGGCCCCUCGGAUCAGAAGGUGGCCAUGGUGACGGUGGACGACUGCGACGUGGCCGUGGCCCUGAAGUUUGGCGAGGUGCUGGGGAACUAUUCCUGCUCUGCGCGGGGGAUGCAGUCGGGAACUAAGAAGUCCCUGGAUCUGACGGGACCCCUGCUCCUGGGCGGGGUCCCUGACCUGCCGGAGAGUUUCCCGGUGCGCAACCGGCAGUUCGUGGGCUGCAUCCGGAACCUGCUGAUCGAUAACCGCCAGCUGGACAUGGCUGACUUCAUCGCCAACAAUGGCACCGUGCCGGGCUGCUCUGCCAAGAAGAACGUCUGUGACAGCAACACCUGCCACAACGGCGGCACCUGUGUCAACCAGUGGGACACGUUCAGCUGCCAGUGCCCCCUGGGCUUCGGGGGCAAGAACUGCAGGCAAGAAAUGGCGAAUCCCCAGCGGUUCGUGGGCAGCAGCCUGGUGGCCUGGAGUAACCUGGCCCUGAGCAUCUCGCUGCCCUGGCACACGGGGCUCAUGUUCCGCACCCGCCAGGCCAACGGCGUCCUGCUGCGGGCCCUGGCUGGGCAGCUCUCCACCAUCACCCUGCAGCUGAGUGAGGGGUACGUGCUGAUGAGCGUCUCCCAGCCUGGCGUCCAAGGCUGGGUGCUCCGGCUGCACCAGGUGAAGGUGAACGACGGCGACUGGCACCACCUGCAGCUGGAGCUGCGGCGCAGGCGGGAGAGCACCGAGGUCGAGGCUGUCCUGGCCCUCGACUAUGGCCUGCAUCAGGUGCUGGAGGUCCCCAGCAGCGAGCUGCAGGGGCUGAAGCUGAGGAACCUGACCAUGGGCGGCGUGGCGGGCGCGGGAGGCCAGGUGCAGCAGGGAUUCCGCGGCUGCAUGCAGGGGGUGCGGAUCGGUGAGACAGCGGCCAGUGCUGUGGCCCUGAACAUGAACCAGGCCGAGCAGGUGAAUGUGGAGCGUGGCUGCAGUGUCCCUGACCCCUGUGACUCCAGCCCCUGCCCGGCCAACAGCUACUGCAAUGAUGACUGGGACAGCUUCUCCUGCAGUUGUGACCCAGGUUAUUAUGGAGACAGCUGUGCCCACGUGUGUGCCCUCAAUCCCUGUGAGCACCAGGCCACGUGCACUCGCAAGCCCAGCGCCCCGCACGGCUACACCUGCGAGUGUACCCCGAGCUACUUCGGCCCCUACUGCGAAAACAAGAUCGACCAGCCGUGCCCGCGGGGGUGGUGGGGGCACCCCAUGUGCGGCCCCUGCAACUGUGAUAUCAGCAAAGGCUUCGACCCUGACUGCAACAAAACCAGCGGGGAGUGUCACUGCAGGGAGAAUCACUACCGCCCGCUGGCCAGCGACUCCUGCCUGCUGUGCGACUGCUACCCCACGGGCUCCCUGGCGCGGCUCUGUGACCCCGAGACAGGGCAGUGCCAGUGCAAGCCAGGCGUCAUCGGGCGACGCUGCGACCGCUGUGAUAACCCCUUUGCUGAGGUCACCGCCAAUGGCUGCGAAGUGAAUUAUGACAGCUGCCCCCGUGCAAUCGAAGCCAACAUCUGGUGGCCCCGCACCCGCUUUGGGCUUCCCGCCGCGUCGCCCUGCCCCCGAGGAUCUUUUGGCACCGCCGUGCGACACUGUGACGAACACAAGGGCUGGCUGGCUCCCAACCUCUUCAACUGCACCUCACUGCCCUUCGCCCAGCUCCGGAGCCUGGCGGAGCGGCUGCUGCGGAACGAGUCGCUCCUGGACCCAGGGCUGGUGCAGCGGGCGGCCCUGCAGCUGCACAAUGCCACUCAGCACACAACCAGCUACUUCGGCAGUGAUGUGCGGGUGGCGUACCAGCUCUGCACCCGCCUCCUGCAGCACGAGAGCCACCAACAGGGCUUCGGCCUGGCUGCCACACAGGACGUCCACUUCACCGAGAACCUGCUGCGGGUGGGCAGUGCCCUGCUGGAUCCCAGCAACAAGCGCCACUGGGAGCUGAUCCAGCAGACGGAGGGCGGCACGGCCUGGCUGCUGAAGCGCUACGAGGAUUACGCCAGCACCCUGGGCCAGAACCUGCGCCAGACCUACCUGAGCCCCUUCACCCUCAUCACACCCAACAUCGUCAUCUCCAUAGUGCGGCUGGACAAGGGGAACUUCGCUGGGGCCAAGCUGCCCCACUACGAGGCGCUGCGGGGCGAGAAGCCCACGGACCUGGAAACCACUGUCAUCCUCCCCGAAACCGUCUUCCAGGUGCCUGAGGGCAAAGACCCCCCCAUGGGCAGUGCCAAGCAGCCCCCCAGCUCUGCAGAGGAGGAGGAGGAGCAGUCGCUGGUGACUCGGCACAAGAGGCAUCCGGACCUGAAUGAGGGCCAGGCCGUGGCGAGCGUGAUUAUCUACCGCACGCUGGCAGGGCUGCUGCCGGAGCAUUAUGAUACGGACAAGCGGAGCCUGCGGGUCCCCAAACGGCCCGUCAUCAACACGCCGGUGGUGAGUAUCAGCGUGCACGCUGAGGAGCAGCGGGGGCCGCGGGCGCUGGAGAAGCCUGUCACCGUGCAGUUCCGGCUGCUGGAGACGGAGGAGCGCUCCAAACCCAUCUGCGUCUUCUGGAACCACUCCAUGCUGCCUGGCGGGGCAGGCGGCUGGUCGGCCAGGGGCUGCGAGCUGGUCUUCAGGAACCAGAGCCACGUCAGCUGCCAGUGCUGCCACAUGACCAGCUUCGCAGUGCUGAUGGACAUCUCCAGGAGAGAGAACGGGGAGAUCCUGCCGCUGCAGACCAUCACCUACGCCUCUGUGGCUGUGACGCUGGGCAGCCUCCUGCUCACCUUCCUGGUGCUGGCCAGCCUGCGGGCCCUGCACACCAACCAGCACAGCAUCCACAAGAACACCGCCGCCGCCCUCUUCCUCGCUGAGCUUGUCUUCCUGCUGGGCAUCAACCAGGCCGACAUCCCCUUUGCCUGCACCGUGAUCGCCAUCCUGCUGCACUUCUUCUACAUGUGCACCUUUGCCUGGCUCCUGCUGGAGGCACUGCACCUCUACCGCAUGCUGAGCGAGGUGCGGGACAUCAACCACAGCCCCAUGCGCUUCUACUAUAUGGUGGGCUGGGGUGUGCCAGCCUUCAUCACAGGGCUGGCCGUGGGGCUGGACCCCGAGGGCUACGGGAACCCCGAUUUCUGUUGGCUCUCCAUCUACGACACACUGGUCUGGAGCUUCGCUGGGCCCAUCGCCUUCGCUGUCUCAACGAGCGUCUUCCUCCAUGUCCUGGCCACCAAAGCCGCCUGCCUGGCCCAGGAGCAGGGCUUCGAGAAGAGGGGCCCAGUGUCGGGGCUGCGGGCGGCAUUCCUGGUGCUGCUGCUGGUUAGCGUGACAUGGCUCCUGGCCCUGCUCUCCGUCAACAGCGACUCCAUCCUCUUCCACUACCUCUUUGCCGGCUUCAACUGCCUCCAGGGUCCCUUCAUCUUCCUCGCCUGCAUCGUCUUCAGCAAGGACGUGAGGAAGGCUCUGAAAUUCAGCUGCAGCAAGAAGCACAGCGCAGACCCCGAGCUCACCACCAAAUCCACCCUGACUGCGGCCUACAACUGCAACAACACAUAUGUGGCCGGCCGGCUGUACCACAUGCCCUUCAGUGCCUCCACGGGAUCCCUGUACAGCGCCGUGCACUCCGGCAAGAGUCAGCACAGCUACAUCCCCUUCGUGCUCAGGGAGGAGUCCGGGCUGGAGAGCUGCCAGGUGCCCAGUGGGCAGACGGACACCAGUGCCCACUUCCUGGAGGCCACGGACCAGCCGAAUGAGCACGACACGGACUCGGACAGCGACCUGUCCCUGGAGGACGACCAAAGCGGCUCCUACGCCUCCACCCACUCCUCGGACAGUGAGGACGAGGCGUUCCCGGGGGAGCCCUGCUGGGAGAACCUGCUGGGCCUCCCCAGUGAGAAGCUGCCGCCACACAGCGCCCCCAAAGUGGAUAACUUGCUGGCCCACGGCAAGCCCUACUGGCCGGGGGAGUUUGUGACCACGGCCAGCGAGAGCGACGGGCACACCGGCCCCGAGACGCUGCGGGUGGAGCCAGCCGUGGGACAGGUGUGGCUGGGACCCCUGGAAGAGACACCCAGGGAGAACGGGGAGGCCCUGGACAAGAACGUGCUGGUUCCACUACCCAACCCCACUGCCCAGCCCCAGAAAGGGAUCCUGAAGAAGUGCCUCCCUACCCUCAGCGAGAACAGCCUGCGCCCUGUACCCAGCGAGAUCUCGGCCCCCCCGCCGGGCACAGUGGCAUCGCGUGGCUCCUCGACGGGCAGCGAGGGCAGCCGGGGGGGCAGGGUUCUUCCGCGCCCUCGCCAGACGCUGCAGGAGCAGCUCAACGGGGUGACGCCCAUCGCCAUGAGCAUUAAGGCCGGCACGGUGGAUGAGGACUCCUCCGGCUCCGAAUUUCUGUUCUUUAAUUUCCUCCAUUAACAUGCGCGUCACGUGGCUUUGCCGCCCCCCUGGCCAGCCUGCCGGGGGCCCGGCCCAGCUGCUCAUGACCAUACGUCUGUGUGUUUGUUCCCCCCUCCCCUCGGUCUGUGUCUGAUCACUGAGCAGGAGCGACGAGACCUCCAUUUGAGCGGGCCCCCGGGGCCCAGCUGACAGGGCCCUCUGCCCCGGGGGCCAGCCACCAGCCAAUGGGGCCCCUGCUGUCCCAGCCCGGGGACCAGCUGCCAGCUGAUGGGGCCCCUCCAUCCUGGGGACUAGCCGCCAGCUGCCAGGGUCCCUCUGCCCUGGGAACCAGCUGAUUGGGCCCCUCCAUCCUCGGGACCAGCCGCCAGCCAGUGGGGACUCUCUGUCCUGGGGAGCAGCUGUCAACUGAUGGGGACCUUCUGCCCCAGGAAUGAGCCAACAGGACCCCUCUGCC